UUCGAACUUACAUUCAGUGGUCGGAGGCCGUGGCGGCAGGUUGUCGUAGAGCGAAAUUUAUUGCCGUUUUUGAAUCAUCGCUGAACGGAAUCAGUAGUUUUUUCGUGGAAAGUGAUGCUUGAAUAGUGUGAUCGUGUGACAUAUUAUUGUGAUGCACGCGAUGGGCGACCCCGCUGCUCUUGCAGGAAUGUUACCCUUCGACUCUAUCGGAUUGUACGAACAACCGAAACAGCGUUUUAUAUUUAAGAUGCCGCGAGUUGUUCCCGAUCAGAAGAGUAAAUUUGAGACCGAGGAUCUGUUUAAAAGACUUAGUAGAGAGAGCGAGGUGAGGUACACGGGCUACCGAGAUCGUCCGCCUGAAGAGCGUCAGAUGAGGUUCACCAGCGGCUGCCGGGAGGGGCACACGGAGAUCGCCUUCACUGCCACAGGAACCAACCUACAGCUGGUGUUCGAUCACUCGCCGUACAACAACAGAGGAUGCGACUUCCAAAAGGAAACCGGCAAGGCCCAUAUCGUGUCCCGAUUCAUAAUGAAUGGAGUCUGUGUGAGGUGGCGGGGCUGGAUCGAUCUUGAACGUUUGGAUGGUGUCGGAUGUCUGGAGUUGGAUGAAGAACGCGCUGCCAUCGAGGACGCAGCUUUACGAGACCAGAUAGAAAGAUACAACCAGAGACUGAGGGAUUUCGAAGACAAGCAGCGGGCAUAUCGUGAACACGGCGAAGAACUGCGCGCGCAUUCCCAAGUCCACGCUCAACGCUGCCACCAGGCUCGCCAGCCUCCACACCCGACACAUCCGGCACACCCCCACGCGACACAUCCAGUCCACAUCAAACCACAUUCCCAAGGUGCACUCAUCUCGUAAAUGCCAAAUGCCAUCAAAUAUAAACCAAAUAAAUGUUUUAAUUACGUAGUUUAUAGCUCCGAUACAUUGUUUCUCUAUGAUGUAUCUUUGUCGUUGCAAUGUUAGUUAUAAGAAAGACUAAGUAUUAAUAGCUAUGUAGUGACAUCUGACAUAAAUCAUAAAUUUCCGAUAAUAUUCCACUAUUUGAAAUACAUACUUAAUACUGUGUUAUUAAUUCGCGUGAAUGCCAAGAUAAGAAAUAUAAUAACAAGUUGUAUUUAAAAUAUGGAUGACGUUUUUUUUCUUAAAAGUCAAGACUGUGUUUCUAAUAAAUAAACGGUGGAAAUCUAUAAAUAACUUGUAUGUAAUAGUCAUUAGUUGAUGGCUAUAGCAUUUAAUACUAAUGUUUUUAUUAUUCAAGUCCGGUAAUACGUUCGUAAGUAACUUAUACAUUAUGAUUUGCAUUUCAUAACAUAUAUUUUAUUUGAUUUUUCGUGAAGAUUUGUUAAUAUAGAAAUUAUUACGUUAAUGUUUCUCAGUACUUAUGUUAUUUAUUUUUUUAAGAUUUUGUAUGUGUAUAUGUAAAAUAAAUAUGCAUAUUAUAAUUGUGAUAGUAAUGUAAUAAAUGAUAAAAAACUA